AUGUACCUGUCCAUUCGGCGCGCCACCUGGCCCCGGUCCCUCAGUGCUGGACUGUGGUACGAACGUGAAUUGGUGGAUACGUCUACAUCUGGUCCUUCACUCGCCGCGCGCCAGGCCGCGCGGUCUCCUGGGGUCAUUAUUGCGCGCCUGCCUCUGCUUAACCAUUCGGUACCUCUGCUGCUGUCGAGCCAGUACCGUGCAACGUCGCUCGGCUACUGGCCUGGAUAUGCGACUGCAGGCCAGCCCAUCACCAUUCAUGUCGCCCCACUUCCCCGCGAGGCACGACUCCAUGAACAAGAUGUACCGCGACAUGCACACGCUCAACGAUCAUCCGGAGUCAAGCGUUCACUCAAAGGAUUCGACAGACGAACGCCUGCGGAAUCGUCGCUCGUCUGCUGUCCGCCGCAGCCGCGUGACAUUGCUAUUGAAGUCAAGGAGGAAGCCGAUGCGAAGGCUUCAAUCGAAGGGGGCGAAGAGGAAGGGGAGGAUUGUGAUACACUGAGCGGCAGGAGGCGAUCGAGCGGUUGCACUACACGGACUCGGCCUACCUUCCAAUCGCCUGUGGCGUUGAGCGCUCCCCCUUCAACCACUGUCAUUGCACCAACCGCCAAAGCCUUUCGACGCUGUGCACCAAUUAACGAGGUCACGAAAGCUGGUGUCACACCGACCAAUAUGGACCGCAUGAGUAUCGCCGAGGGUUUCGCACCAUCGAGGAGAAACGCCUCAGCGCCUGAUAGUCAACGGCCCACAUCUUCGUCGUUCUGUCCUGCAAUGGCUCUCGAGGUGCCGUACCCCAUCCCUCAGCGCCCAGAGCCUAGGAUAGUCGUACGCGCCCUACAUCUGGAAGUACCGCAUUCCACUGCGCUCCCGCCUCGUACGCCAAUUCUCAUGCGGACUUAUUAG